AUGGAGCGUAAGAUAAGUGCCACGGCCUUUAUCACGUUUGAUGAAGCGCGUUUAGAGGGCGAGCACACUGACCUGAUCAUCAGGGUUAAUGGAACAGAGUUUAAAGUGCACAAGAUCAUCCUGUGCGGCUGCAGCCCUUAUUUUAGGAUGCUUUUCUCCACCCAGUGGACCAACACGGCAGAACAUUCCUAUGAUAUUCCAGGAAUUUCUCCAGACACCAUGUCUCUAAUUAUUCAAUACGCAUACACAAGAUCUGUCCACAUUACUGACGAGAAUGUGACCGAACUGUUGAUGGCGGCUGAUCAGUUUUUAAUAUGGGGUCUUGUGGAUGCCUGCUGUGAGUUCCUGGAGGUAAAGUUAUGCCCUGAAAACUGUAUCGGCAUCCACAUGUUUACAGAGCAUUUACGCUCCUGCUCAAAGCUCCAGGGUAAAGCAAAAUUCUACAUCCUACGGCACUUUGAGGAUGUUGUGCGAGUAUCCAAGGAGUUCCUGGAACUCUCAGUGGAACAUCUUGAGCAUCUGAUUGGUCAAGAUGAGCUGGAUGCCAAACAGGAGGACGUGGUUUUUGAAGCCAUCCUCCGCUGGAUUGAUCACUUACCUAAAGAGAGGAAGAAACACAUUGCUGUGCUUCUGCCAAAGGUUCGAUUGGGGUUGAUGACACCAGACUACUUCAUGAACAAUGUAAAGAGCAAUCCAUUGGUUUUGGAGAAUGUGGCGUGCACGUCUGUCAUCGUAAAUGCAAUGAAGGCAAUGUUUGAACUCAACAUAGAGGAAACCUCCAACUCAGACCUCAGAAAUCAACUGACACGCCCACGUCUGCCCUCUACGAUCCUAUUGGCCAUUGGAGGGUGGAGCGGAGGCAGUCCCACUAAUGGGAUCGAGGCCUAUGAUGUGAGGGCAGACCAAUGGGUCAAUGUGACUCGAGAGAAUGAGAGAGCCAGAGCCUAUCACGGUGCAGCAUUCCUGGAUGGGUUUGUCUACUGUGCUGGCGGCUUUGACAGCGUAAAUUAUUUCAACAGUGUGAGGAAAUUCAACCCUAUUACUCGAACAUGGAUUGAGGUGGCCCCUAUGUACGAACAGCGAUGUUAUGUUAGUGUUGUGGUUCUGGAUGGGUACAUUUAUGCCAUCGGUGGUUUUGAUGGAUACACACGGUUAAAAACAGCAGAACGCUACGAUCCAAAUGCUAACCAGUGGACACUUAUAGCAUCAAUGAAUGAAGACAGGAGUGAUGCUAGCGCCACCUCACUGCAGGGCAAGGUGUACAUCUGUGGUGGUUUUAAUGGGCUCCAGUGUCUCUCCUCAGCUGAGAGCUUUAACCCUGAGACAAACCAGUGGACUCACAUCGCGCCCAUGAGCAGCCGGCGCAGUGGUGUUGGUGUUAUUGCUUAUGGCAAUCUAGUUUAUGCUGUUGGUGGUUUUGAUGGGAACAAUCGUUUGCGGAGUGCCGAGGCCUACGACCCUCUGAUGGACAGCUGGCAUGAUGUAGAAUCUAUGAAUAACCCACGGAGCAAUUUUGGAAUUGAGGUGGUGGAAGAUCAGAUGUUUGCCGUUGGCGGGUUUAAUGGAUUCUGCACCAGCUCUAAUGUGGAGUGUUACGACGAGAAGACAGAUGAAUGGUAUGAAGUCUGUGACAUGGUGAUUUUCCGCAGUGCUCUGAGCUGCUGUUUACUGUCAGAGUUACCUGAUGUCACACAGUAUACAGCCAAUCGAGACUCAGAAGAAGACGAAUUUGACAGUGAAGGAUCUACUUCCAGUGAAGUCUGACUCUCUCACCACAGAAUGGACCUUGAAGCGUCCUGAAAAACAUAAAAACACCCCGUGACAUCCCACAUGAAUAAAUGCAUUCAAAAAAGAGUGUUGUAUUCUAAACUUUACAUUUCCAAAGAUCAGUGUUGAUCAUCAAAAGGUUGUAGGUUCGAAGCCAAGAGGUGACCCAUAAACUUUCACCAUUGAUGUACAGGUUGUUACAGGAGGAUUGAGCUUGAAAUAAGACACUUUGGAUAAAAUUUUCUGAAUGACAGUGCAAAAAUGGAACAACAACAUAUCGAAAAUCUUGUUAACUGAAUAAAGUUAUCUGUAAAUGAUUAAGAUGGUAGAUUAGUAUGUAUGUGAACCCUUUGAAAUUAUCGGUAGCUGUUUUUCUGUAGUAACUGGUCAUAAAAUGUGAUCUCAUCUUCAUCAAAGUCACAAGUAUAGACAAACACAAUGUGCUUAAGCUAAAAACACACAAGUAAUUAUAAUCUUUCAUGUCUUUAUUGAACACAUCCCAUUAAAACAUUCACAGUGCUGUGGAAAAAGUAAGUGAACCCUAGCUGCUGAUUAGACCUGAACAUUGUCAUUCCACAGCAUCUCUAUUGGGUUAAGGGCUGGGCUUUGACUAGGCCACUCUUUCUUUUUUUGAAGCCAUUUUGUAGUGGAUUUACUUCGAUGUUUAAGGUCAUUGUACUGCUGCAUCACCCAACUUCUACUGAGCUUCAGCUGGCACUCAGCAACCCUGACAUUAUCCUGUAGGGUAUCUUGAUAAACUUAGGAAUUCAUUUGUCCCUCGAUGAUGGCAAGCGGUCCAGGCACCGAAGCAGCAAAGCAGCCCCAAAUCAUGAUGCUCCCGCCCACCGUACUCCACGUUGGGGUGAUGUUUUCAUGUUGGUAUGCGGUGCCCUUUUUACAUCAUACGUAGUGCUGUGUGUUUUUUCCAAACAAUUCAACCUUAAUUUCAUCAGUCCACAACAUAUUUCCCUAGUAGCAUUGUGGAGUGUCAAGGUGGUCUUUGGCAAACUUCAGGCCCGCUGCAAUGUUUUUGUUGGAAAAAAGCGGCUCCCUUUGUGGUUUCCUGCCUUGGACAUCAUACCUGUUUAAUGUUUCCCAUAUAGUAGACUCAUGAACAGUGAUGAUAACCAGUUCCAAUGAUUCCUUCAGGUCUUUAUCUGUCACUCUAGGGUACUUUUUUAACCUCACUAAUCAUUCUGUGGUGUGCCCUUUGAGUCAUCUUGGCUGGACGGCCACUUCUAGUGAGAGCAGCCACAGUACUAAAUCAUCUCCAUUUAUAGACAGUUUGUCUAACUGUGGACAGAUGAAUAUCUAAGCUCUUUGAGAUAACCUUGUAACCCUUUCCAGCUUUAUGCAAGGCAUGUGAGGCAUGGUCCACGACAGCAGAUGCUUCUUGUGAAUAGCAAACUUAAAAUGUUUGAGUGCUUUUUAUAAGUCAAAGUAGCUCUAACCCACACCUCCAAUCUCGUUUCAUAAAUUGGAUGCCAAGUUUGCCAACUCCUAGCUCUAAUUAGCUUUUGUUGGCAACAUUAGCCUAGGGGUUAACAUACUUUUUCCAACCUACACGGUGAAUGUUUGAAUGAUGUAUUCAAUAUGUACAAGACCAAUACAAAUAUGUGUGUGUUAUUAGUUAAAACAGGUUGUGUUUGUUCAUUAUUGUAACUUAGACAAAGAUCAAACCACAUUUUAAGACAGAUUUAUACAUAAACGCGGGUCAUUCCAAAGGAUUCACAUACUUGUCUUGCCACUGCAUGACCUGAUGGUUUAAAUAUGCACAAAUCAAGUGAGCAUUUUCAACAAGUCAACAUGAAACGCCAUUCGCAAACGAUUUAAAUUCCAUAAGACAA